AUGGCCAGUCGACAGAAACAGUUCGCACGCAUGAGUACCCUCAAGGAUCACAAGUCCAUCAACGAGGAGAAGGCUGAGGCCAUUGCCAACAGUCGAUGGAGGAGGAUAUUUGCUGGGCUGGAACGGGCCGACAAUAUCAACCAGACCUUGACAUGGAUCGGUGUCGGUAUGGUUGUCGAGUUCCUGCUUACGAUCUUUGUCUAUUUUGGGUCUAAGAAAUUUCACCCUGGCUACGGAAUUUUCGACUACACGGUCAAGGGCACCGGAGAAGAAGCGCGCGCUGAUUGUGCCAAAGGCUGGGAGUGGUGGCUUUCCAUCGUGUGGCAGUUGUUCUGGAGCUGGAUAUAUGCCCCUUACUUGCUAUGGAAGUCUCGCAGCCCCCGACCUGAGUUCUCUCUUUGCAUAUUCAUCAUGGAAUUAUGUGCCAUCGGGUUCCCCAUCUUCGACGUCAUCAAGGGCAAUUCUCUUCGCCAGGAAACAUUGGAAGCUAUCGCGAACUGGGAAAAGCGACAAGCAGCGAGCGGACUUGACAAGCAUGGCUCCAUUUCAAGCCAAGAUGCUUCUUCGACUGCCACAACCCUCAAGUCAGCCGGUGCAGUCACAGUCAACAGCACGAGCUCUUUCGAGUCUAAUAAGUCUGACAUGCUCACCAUGACCGCUCUCGAAAACGCGCUACGAACAAACGCCAUUCCGCUCCUUCAAUUCGCUGCACUGAAGGAUUUCUCAGGAGAGAAUGUCAGCUUCCUCACUCAUAUCGCGGACUGGCGACGACACUGGUUCGCACCAAAGAGCUCAACCGCAGAUCAUCAGCGCAGCCAGUUUAUCGCAGCAGCUCGCAUCUACGCUCAUUUCAUCUCACUGGAGUUUUCCGAGUUCCCAAUCAACAUAUCGUCGAAAGAGAUGAAGAGAUUGUACGUCAUGUUCGAGGGCGCCGCGACACUCCUUUACGGCAACAAGCGCGACUCGAUCUCCUCAUCGGGUUCCGACAACGCUACACCAUUCGACAAUGCCAAAAUCGAGGUUUCCGAAUCGGAUGUCUACAGCAAGAACAGCCCGCACGGCUCCACGACUGAGCUAACGUCGUCGUCAAAUGUCAAUCUUGACACAUUAGGCCGAGCGAACCUCCGUGCUGUAACUCGGAUGGAAGACGUGCACAUGGAUGAGGUUCUAGCCGACUUCGAGAUCCCUGAGAAUUUCACCGAACUCGUAUUUGACUUUGCGGAACGCGAAAUCAAGUAUCUCGUGUUGACCAACACCUGGCCAAAGUUUGUCAAUCAAGGCCGUGCGAACAGUCAAAUGAGCAAAGAUCGCGUCGAGGAUUUGGAGAUGGGUCACAGAUGGGCGAAAAAGGUUCUGUGCUCUUCAUGA